GUGCUGCAAGGCACAUACAUAAAAAAUGAAUACUUAUUUUUUAAAAAAUAUAUAAUCAAGAUAUUGAGUAAGUACGAGAGUGAGAAGCAUACGAGAUCUAAAGUAUGCGAGUGAGCAGUCGAGCGCUGUUGCUGCCGCCAUCCGUGUUUUCGGCGAGUAAUUUGUACACAGUGGAGGUUUACAAGUAGUAAUUGUAACAAUCAUGGCUACGAAUAAACCUACGAAGAGUUUUACAGUAGUCAGACGCUCUACUUUAUUCGUUAUCCCCACCACCACCACCACCACCAUUACAACCACGACCACCACCACCACUCCCCCUGUCCAUCGAGCUCCCCAAUACCAAUCCUGAACGUUGCAGUUUUCGUUACGCACUAAUUAGUAUCGGGUGUAAAGAAGUUUCACUGAUGUUGAACAGAGGGAAAGUGCGGUUUCUAGCAGAAAUGUUACAUUCCGAGUGAUGUAGAAAAUGCCGUGCGCGCGCCUCCCUCGCGACCGCGCCUGUCACAUGACCGCGGCGACGACCGCCUCCAGAACUGGAUCCGAAGGUCGGUCGGUCAGUUGCGCAACUCCCGAUGCCGAGUUGACGCCGCCGAAGGUAGACAAACAAGUAUCGGUUACCACCUUGCCCGCUCACCUGCCGGGUGUCGCCUAACAGCUGGCGUGGUCGGCUCUCGGACGGCAUCGUGCCGUUCCGCGUUGGUCAGAUCCGCGCUCGGGCCUUGAAGGGCCCGCCCUGGACGCACAUGCGGGCUUCAGAAUAAUUUUAAGAGGCCUAUACAGACAGUCUUCAGGGCGUGAUUGUAGGGCCUUUUGUUAAGAAGAAUUUGCAGCUUCCCAUUACAGAUAAACUGUCAUGUUUUUUUGUGUGUAGAAGGAAAGGAUGAAUGGGUCGAUCUAUAAUUUUUAUAAUGCUUUUUAAAAUUCGUAACAUAGGUAAAAAUAUUACCGAAUAUGUGGUUUUACGCAGCUGUUUUAUGUAUCGUGUGUAAUGCAUACAAAAAAAGUAGAUACACACAACGAUAGAGUAUUAAUCGUUGAUUAAAAUGGUGUAAAAAAAUACAUAGGUCACCGCUGAAAAACUCCCAGAAUUCUUCUACGACAAAAUGGUUUUCCGCACAUUUAUUCUGCCGGGAAGUGUCUCCCUCGCGCGGCGUAUUCUUCAGCCGGCGACUGGAGCCGAGGAGUGGGGCUAGCGGCUGCUGUGAAGGCAGCGGAGGGGAAGUUCGUCUGACGGCUGCUCGGUCGCCUUAUCAGCGCGUCGGGGUAUCGGAUAUCGCGAUAAGCAUAUGUGUCUACAGCUGAGGCCGCCUGGUCGGGAAGUAAUAAAUUCUAGGAUUCAGGAAGUUAUUCCCAGAGCAAACCUCAACCAUUCUACGCCCACCACAUCGCGCGGCGAGAAGACUCAGUAAGGCAUAUUCGGAGCCAAGUGGAGGUUAUCUGUAAGCGAAAAAAGUUGAGCGACUGUUAUUUUUACCCCUUGUUGAAUCGAUAUUUGACUUUGUAACAGCAUCGAGAAAUACUAUUAUAUGCACGAUUUCUUUUUCAAGAAUGGAUGAGAAGAGAAACUGGAGGAAAGGAAAGAAGAAUCAUCUUUAUAUUUCUGCAACAAGAAAGAAAAAUAAAGCUACUCAUCUCAAAGCAUACUGGAGUCAAAGGAAAAAAACUAUACCUAAACAAAACAAUGUCAAUGAAGAAUUGGAAAACCAGAGCCUAUCAAGAAUUCACUGCAGCCAUCAAGCACUGAUUGAAAACGAAAUAACUUCCGGAGUGCAUGAAGAAAGCUAUCCGGCAAAGAAGAAGAUAGAACACAUCGGCAGAAUGACGCAGAUGACGCAGGAGGAGAUCGUGACCAACACGAAGACGGUGGUGCAGGGUCUGGAGGCGCUCAAGAACGAGCACAACUCCAUCCUGAACGGGCUGACGUCGAGCCUGGAGCUGGCCGCCGACCGCGCGCAGAACGUGGUCGAGGAGAAGCAGGGGCUCGUGCAGAAGUCGCUGGAGAUGAUCGAGCUGGGACUCGGCGAGGCGCAGGUGAUGAUGGCGCUGGCCUCGCACCUGCAGAUCGUGGAGGCGGAGAAGCAGAAGCUGCGCACGCAGGUGCGCCGGCUGUGCCAGGAGAACGCCUGGCUGCGCGACGAGCUGGCCAACACGCAGCAGAAGCUGCAGGCCUCGGAGCAGGGCGUGGCCCAGCUCGAGGAGGAGAAGAAGCACCUCGAGUUCAUGGCCUCCAUCCGCAAGUACGACCAGGACGUGGUGAAUGACGAAUCAUCUGAAUCGAAACAGGACAAACCGAAACAAGAUGACCCAGUUGUGGAUUUGUUUCCAGAUGAUGAUGCAGAGGAAAGGAAUACCAUGUCGCCGACCCCGCCCAGCCAGUUCGCGCAGCAGGUGAACGCGGGCUACGAGAUCCCGGCGCGGCUGCGCACGCUGCACAACCUGGUGAUCCAGUACGCCAGCCAGGGCCGCUACGAGGUGGCCGUGCCGCUGUGCAAGCAGGCGCUGGAGGACCUGGAGAAGACGAGCGGCCACGACCACCCCGACGUGGCCACCAUGCUCAACAUCCUGGCGCUGGUGUACCGAGAUCAGAACAAGUACAAAGAAGCAGCAAAUCUUUUGAAUGAUGCUCUUGCCAUCAGGGAGAAAACAUUGGGAGAAAAUCACCCUGCGGUGGCCGCCACCUUGAACAACUUGGCGGUGCUGUACGGCAAGCGGGGCAAGUACAAGGAGGCGGAGCCCCUGUGCAAGAGGGCGCUGGAGAUCCGCGAGAAGGUGCUGGGCAUGGACCACCCGGACGUGGCUAAGCAGCUCAACAACCUGGCGCUGCUCUGCCAGAACCAGGGCAAGUACGAGGAGGUGGAGCGCUACUACCAGCGCGCUCUGGAGAUCUACGAGGCCAAGCUGGGCCCGGACGACCCGAACGUGGCCAAGACGAAGAACAACCUGGCGUCGUGCUACCUGAAGCAGGGCAAGUACAAGGAGGCGGAGAUCCUGUACAAGCAGGUGCUGACCCGGGCCCACGAGCGGGAGUUCGGCACCAUCGACGGGGACAACAAGCCCAUCUGGCAGGUGGCGGAGGAGCGGGAGGAGAACAAGCACCGCAACAAGGAGAACGUGCCGUACGGGGAGUACGGGGGCUGGCACAAGGCAGCCAAGGUGGACUCCCCCACCGUCACCACCACCCUCAAGAACCUGGGGGCGCUGUACCGCCGCCAGGGCAAGUACGAGGCCGCCGAGACGCUGGAGGACUGUGCCCUGCGGUCCCGCAAGGAGGCCCUGGACAUCGUGAAGCAGGCGAAGGUGUCUCAGAUCCUGAGCGAGACGCCGGACAAGCGGCGCGGCUCGGGCGGCAAGGAGAGGGCGAGCCGGCGCGGCUCCCGCGAGUCUCUCGAGAGCAUGCAGUAUGAGACGGAGGAGUACGGGAAGCUCAGACGGAGCGCAUCUUUCUCAAAACUACGGGCCUCAAUUAGACGCUCGAGUGCCAAGCUGAUGCAGAAACUGACAAGUCGGGGAGACGGGGUUGCCAACGCGAUAGGCAACUGUAGCAACAGCAUGAAGCGCGCAAGUUCGUUGUCCGUUCUUAGUGGCCGCAAUGUGGAACAGAACGGUAGGUCCGGGAUCGCGGUUCUGCGCGGUCGAACAGCCAGCACUGAACAACUAAGGCUAAAGGACACAGCGUAAAGCUGUAAUGUGUGUGUAUUUAUUCAAAAAUGUGUUUGUUUUCUGAACAUCAGCUUAGUUUGCCUGUGCAAGUUUUUUUGGUUCGCCAGGCUCACGUGUAGAAUGGAUGUAACUGUUUCAUUCAUUUUUGUAAUAAUUAUUAUUAUUAUUUCAGUCAGGGAAUGCAUGAGUUGGUGAUUUUUAUGUGCUGUCCAUGCCAUAGCGCACAUUGUGAUAAUGGUUCUGAUGCUGUAUUUCAUUUUUUUUAUAUAAAAACAUGACUUGUUUUCAGUGAACUUACACAUUUUGUGAAAGUGAUGAUUUUAUUAGAAUGAAACGUAGGAGUUAGUGGGAGCCCCGAAUGACCGACCUCAUGAAGGAAAAAUGAUCACAAGGUCAAUAUGCACACUUUCACCGAGCACUUAGUAACCUUUGUGGCUGGCAAGAGGCAAACCUUUUGCUCUAAUAUACUUGCUUGAAAAGUUGAUCUGUGGCGACGGGAUUUAAAGAGUUCAUUUGAUACAGAACACAAAGGGACGUGUUGUUUCUGAAGUUAAUGCUUGCAUAUGUUUUCUUGCACAAUGCUUUGAAAACAUUGAAAAACAACUCUUUUUUUUCGUUUCUUUUUUUUCAAUGCCAAUUUAGGAGAAAUAAAUCCAUACAACCCUGAUGACAUACAUGGCAUACAUGAGAAGGAUAUCUAGAUAAACUUUGUUUUCAUUAUGAAAAUUUGAAAGGCCUUCAUCGAGGGCAGUUGUGGGCUCUCACUAACUCUUUAAGUUAAAACCCAAAGAUAGUGCAUGCAUCUAGUAUGUUAAAGUCAUCAUUUAAAUAAAAAGUAAAUCUUUUUUUUUAUUUCUGCUAAAAAAAAUUUUCAUGAGCUGUGAAAAAUGUUAAGUUGUACAUUUUGAAUAUAACGACAUGAUCCUACCAAUUUUUUAAAAUCUCAUUCCAUGGAUUUAAUUUGCAUUUGUCAGUUUUUCAGAACUUUUACCAUUCAAUUUAAAAUGCAUAACGUGGCUGAAAAUUAUGCCAGUUUUUUAUUUUUGAGUUUUUUUUUUAAAGAAAACAUAUUUUACUCUUAAAGAAUGGCAACUAAUGUUUCCUUUCUUUUUUUCCUGCAACCAAAUCAUUUCCAACUAGACAACAGUACCACUUGUACUAAUUUACUAGCUGUAUAUAAUUAUUUUAUCCCUUAUUUAAUGCAUGUAUCUUAAUAAAUAAUUAUAAUUCAGUAUUGAUUAUACAAGACUUAAGUACAUAUUCAUUUGUGUACUGUGUACACGUGACAGGUUACCUUAAAUUUCUGUUUAGUUUAAGAGGCUGUUUAUAAAUUUAAAACACAAUCUCUCAUUACCCAAUACUGUGCUUAAUAUUGGGAUAUUGUCAGGGAUCGGACUAAAUGUGCUAAUGUUUUUUUAUUUUGUAAUUUUUCAUUUGUAUAUAAAUAAUAAUACUUAAGAGUGUAUAAACUCGAUGAUUAAUGAAAUUGUUUUUGUGUACUUAAACCUGUUAAUACUGCUGUCAAUACUUGCAGGUUGUUCAGUUUGUCAUUUGAGAAUAUUGUAACAAGACUUUCAUUUUGGUUCUAUUUUUUUUAUAUAAAAAAAUCUUAACUUUGCAUGUUUGGCACAUUGUCCUUCAUUUGAAAACAGUUAUGUUUUCUCAACCUUUGCCUCUUAAACCUAACAGAAUUCUCAACUGAUUUGUAUCUUGGUUGGAUCUGGAAAAAUAACCAUUCUCAUUUCAUGAAAGUUUAAUUUGAUGUGUACACUUGUUAUGCAUUUGUACUCUUUUAACACAGUGUACGCUUUUUAUGUAUGAAUAUAUUUUCUGUUCCUACUUUUUACAUCCAAAUAAAUAUAAGAUAUUCCAGCGAAAAAGACUGUUGCAUUUUAUGCCAAGUAUUUGUUAGCAUAUUUGUUUUGAGGGAUCAAAUUUUUUGUUGAGGGUUCUUUCCUGUCUUGUUUGAAAGAUUGUUGAAAUGUUUUUGGCUUCUAUUUUUGUAAUUUCAUACUUUGCUGUCACAUAGAUGUAUUUGCACCAAUAUUGAUUUCAGUAUUUUAAACAUUGUAUGAUUACAUUUCAAAUGUUACUCAUAUGGCUGGAAAAAAAACACCCGUUUGACUUUUUUUCCCCCAGGGUUUGGUUAAAAGUGUAUUUUGCUGUAUAUUAUGGCAUAAGCCUUUAUUAUUUUUAUUAUUUGAUGAUUUGAAAAUCCUACUGUAAUUAAUUAUUAUUUAAUGUUAUAAGAAGCAAUUAAUAGGCAAGUUUGUUUUAAUAAUUCAAGAAAGCACAGCAGUCUACUUUAUUUGCAGAGUAAAUAAUGCACUCAGGAUUGUGCUACGUUAUAUACCUGGUCAGAUGUUUUGUUGCAUUUUAUUUUUGAUAUAUUCUCUCAAAGAUGGUGAGUGUUCUUUGGUCUGAAAGUGGUAUUCGAACAACCAAUCAAUUUUCAUGUGAGAUGUUUGGAAGUGGUUGUGUUACUAUAAAUAUUUUUAUUAUUAUUAUUUUAUACAUGGCAAUAAUAUUUAAAUAACUAAAGUAAUUUAUGGAUUUGGGGGUGGCUUUUCUCUGAUGCACUGUCUUGUUAAAUACGGCUUACUUCACCGAGUGAUAUAGGUACCUUGAUAUUUGAUGAGAGUUUUAUUGCAGUGGAAAGCUAUCACGAUGCUGGAUGUAUGAGAUGCUAAGUUUAUACAAGUUGUAAUUAUUGACUUUUAUAAACAAUUUUCUUAAAAUAGAAUUGCAAUAUGUAUUACAAAUUUUGUUUUGCUUUAUAUUGUUUUGAAUGUUUUUGAAUGGUAAUAAAUGUUUUUAUUUCCAAGUGACAACAUUUUUUUACAAAUAAAAAGUUAUAUUAAAGAUAUAAAUAAGUUAUCAAAACACUAAAAUAAUGAGUAGUGAGAUUUCUUUUUAUUUGGCAAUUUGAUUUAAAAGAACGUUUGUGUCAUGUUUUAAAAAAAAAAUUGAAAAAAAUUAAUUUUGCAAUAGAAUAUUGUAGAACUUUUAAACUAUGUUUAUUUUCUAAAACCUUUUGCAAAACAUUGAGUCCAUUCCAAAAGUAGGAUUUUCAAAUACAUUAAUUCACCAGAAAACUUGGUAUCCAAUAUAGGAUAUUGAAGUAUAUGCUUAAAGUUAUCAGUUUUUAAAUCUUGCAUUUAUGCCACGUAAUGUUAAUUUUGUGUUUUAGAGUACUUAAAAAAUUGAUAUCGGAUAGGUUUAAAUUAUGUCUUCUGGUAUUUAAUCAAGAUAAUUACCUAAGAGACAACACUAAAAUUCAGUGAAAUAAAUUUUGUUUAAAAAAUAGUAACUAUUUUCUAUUUUCUUAUUUUAUUUUUAAAACAUUCAAGACAAAAUUGUUACCACGUGAGGGCUGCAUUAAAAAUGUGGCGUAAAUGCAUCCAGUCUGUAUAUUAUUAGUGCUAUCAUCUAUUGUAUUAAAUGCAUAUAAUGUUUAUACGUAGUGUUGUUUUAAUGCUUGUGAAAGGAAAUAUACGGGAAAAUUAAACUUCUACACCUAAAGUGAGCUAAUGAGGAUAUAUGCAUAGUAGAUUAUGCUUAUUCCAUAUUUUUCGAGCAUUGCACAACACCGCUGCAAUUACUGAUGAGUGAUUACAAGUGGUGUUAGCUUUUCUAAAGUUGGCAAAACAUUCUUGUUACCUUGCUAUCUUUAGUACCGCAUAAAGUAAAACCAAAAAACUAAAUGUUAUAAAAACUUUCUGUGUGUGAAAUAAAGGAGCUGUAGAUUUGAAGUACUCUUCUUUGGAAACAAACAAAUAAGGUAUUGUUUUAUGAAUAUAAAAGAGAAUAAAAUCAAAUAAACUGAAA